ACACAUAAAUGAUGAAAUUGUAUAGCUUUCAUUAUCUUUCAAAUACUAGCUUGAUUUUAUAACAAAUUCAAAACUUCCAGAAUAUUGCUGACUCAGAUAAUGUUGAGGAAAUGAGCAAUGCAUAUGGUCAGGAGAGCUCAACCUCCUCUACCUAUGGUGAUGGUGAUGAUGCCGAUGAUGAUGAUGUUGAUGAUGUAACGACCAAUUCUGCCAAUGAUCAGCCUUGGUACCCAUUUUCUUCCAAGCUGCAGAUGUACUUGUACAUCCUGGUUCACUCAAAAACACAUACAAUAAGUGAUGAAACAGCCAAAUUCAUCUGGUUCAUAAUGAAAGAAUGUGGAAUUGAGAUGCCAUCCUUCUCUUUAGUAAAAAACUUUCAAAUAAGUGGUGAUAUGACUCCUGAGAGUAUGUUAUCUCGUGAAGAAAGCAGCGAUGGCAAUCCUUUUUGGAUAAUUAAGCCAACUGCCUUGCUUAGCAUGGCUUUAUCCCAUCCAGACACUGCUUCCAGCCUGCUUAGGUAUGGCAGAGUAUCGAGUGAUGGCCAGGCUUUGUUGAAAGAACAGUCAGAUGGUAGUAAAUGGGUUCAUGAAUUUCGGUCACAUUAUGCACCAAAUGGGAGUUGUACUUUCUUUUCAGGUAAAACAUAUUCCUGGUACAUUAUUGAUUUACAUUAUAUUCUGCUAUUGGUUUGCUUGGAAACUUAUGCGAAGUGGAAUAUUUCUCUUUUAUCUAAAGUGCAGAGAGUUCAUGAAUACAGAUUCUUCAAAUAUGUCAAUGAAAGAAUGAUUCCAGUGGCAGAUGAUGAAAAGAAGAGUAUUAUUGAACAUAAUCAACAUCAAGUGAGAGGUCUACCGGUUUACACUUUACCACUCAAUUUAUUCAUGGAUGACACAAGUGCUAACAAAUCAAAGAAAUGGAAACCACUCCACUGUCUGCAAUUACAGCUUGCAGGAAUACCAAAAUCAAGGAAGCAGAAUCCUGACACGAUAAAAUUUGUUGGUGCUUCUACAGAAGUGCCUAUCCUUGAAAUGGCUCAUCCUGUCAUUGAUGACAUAAGAAAUUCUGAAAGUGGUGUUCUGACCUUUGAUGGCCAAAGGAGGGAAAAGGUGAACAUCAUACCAUGCCUAGCAGUCUGUGUCUGUGACUUUAACAUGUUGGCAGAAGCAUCAAAUCACAUGGGUGCAAACACAAACAAAUUUUGUCCAAGAUGUUAUGCUGAUAAAGAUUCAUGUAUAUGGAAGGGUAAUGACAGAUAUCCUGAGGAAACUCAGAGGAUAUUAAAUAUCUUGUCAGUGAACAACAACAAAGAUAUGAGACAGAACCAUGGGCUGAAACCAUAUGCAAACCCUCUUUGGAACAUUUUGAAUCCACAUAGUGACAUACCAGUUGGCAUUCUUCACUGGCUGUACCUAGGCAUCGGGAAACACUUAUUGAAAUCCUGCAUCCAAGAUUUACCGGAAGUAAAGCAAGUGCAAUUGUGUAUGAUGAUUGAAAGCAGUGACCAGAGUGCCCUCACGACAAAAGUGUCAAGUGACACCAUCAAAUACCUUGACAGCCGCCAAGGAAAAGAUAUCAAAACAUAUGUAAGUAUAUUGAAAUUAUGAAC